AUGGCACCAGAAUUGAGAAAGAGAAAGUCUGCUUCUGACAUCCAGAAGCCCAAUGGCGCUGCCAAAGCUGCCAAGCCUAAGCGAAAGGCCCCCGAGGAUGCGUCGCCUGUGUCGCUGAAGAAGCAGAAGUCUAUCAAGAAGACCGCCGUCACAACAAAGGCCGCCGAGAAGCCGGCGCAAAAGUCCAAGAAGAGCAAGCCCGUCGAGGAAGUCAAGGUUGUCGAGGAGGAGUCCACCACACUUGAUAUCCCCGAUGAGUCCGAGUCAGAGGCUGAGGAGGGCAAGGAGGUCCAGGCGAUCGUGGACGAGCUCGAUUCCGGCGACGAGGACAUCACCGAGGGCGACGCCAGCUACAAGGAUGGACAGGAUGUUGGCAAGAUUCCCAAGGUCUCCAAGGCUGUUGAGAAGGCUGCUAAGGCCUCCAACGAGGACACUGGCGUUAUCUACAUCGGUCGCGUUCCCCACGGUUUCUACGAGCAGCAGAUGAGACAGUACUUCGAGCAAUUCGGUCCCAUUGUUGCGCUGCGACUUUCGCGAAACAAGAAGACCGGUGCCAGCAAGCACUACGCCUUCGUCAAGUUUGCCGAGGCCUCCACUGCCGAGAUCGUUGCUAAGACUAUGGACAACUACCUUCUGUUCGGUCACAUUCUCAAGUGCCGAGUUAUUCCUAAGGAUCAGGUUCACGAGGAUAUGUUCAAGAACGCCAACCGACGGUUCAAGGCGGUCCCCUGGAACAAGAUGGCUGGUAACCAGCUCAAGAAGCCUUUGACCGAGUCUGCAUGGGCGAACAAGGUGGAAAAGGAGAACUCCAAGCGCGCUAAGAGAGCUGCUAAGCUCAAGGAGAUUGGUUACGACUUCGACGCUCCUGAGAUGAAGGAUGUCCCUGCCCCUGUUGCUGCUAUCGAGAACGGUGAGACUGAGACCAAGGCCAUCGAGUCUGCACCUGCCGAGAAGGAAGAGGAGGCCAAGGUUGAGGAGACCAAGGUCGAGGAGCCCGCUGAGGUUGUCGAGGAGGUCGUCGAGAAGACCGAGGUUGUGACCAAGCCCAAGGGUAAGGCUGCCAAGGGCAAGGCGACAAAAGGAGGCAAGGGCCGCAAGACAAAGGCUUGA